AUGCGCGUUACCCAAGUCCUGCUGGCGACUUGCAUUGCUCUCGCUCUGAGCAGCAACGACCUCGUAUCUGCGAGGGAAGUUGGAAUGAAGCUGAAGAGGACUCCUGCGAUUUUCUCCUCUGAAUCCGAAUCCGCGUCUGAAUCCGAAUCCGCGUCUGGAACCGACUCCGAGUCGGGCUUGGCGUCGCUGCCCGCUGUGGAGGAGGGGGAGGACGACGACAACGACAUGUUCGUGUACAAGGUGCCGUUCGUCAGUGGUAAUGUCACCGGCACGAUGGUGAUUACCAUCGACAAAAACACAGGGAUUCCAAUCUCAUGA